UGCUGGAAGUCACCUCGACAGGAAAGAAGAUGGCACACGGCAUUCAGAUUGACAGAGAGAGAUUCUCCUGCCCCCUCUGUCUGUCCCUGUUCAUUGAACCGGUGAGCCUUCCUUGUGGUCACUGCUACUGCAUGCACUGUGCUAACAAACAUCUGGAUCAUGAAGAGGAUUCUGGGAUUUACAGUUGCCCUGAGUGCCGUCAAGAAUUUGUCUCCAGGCCACUUCUGGUUAGAAAUAACGUACUAGCAUUUGUAGUGGAUGAGCUGAGGAAGGCUGUGGGCCUAGAUGAAGAUACUUUUGACAUCCCUGAGGAACGAUGCAGAAGCCCUCCAACGCCAUGUGUGGAUUCUGCCAGACCUGGAGAUGUCGCCUGUGACGUGUGCUAUGACUUCAAAAGCAAAGCUGUGAAAUCCUGCCUGCAGUGCAUGGCUUCAUAUUGUGAGGAUCACCUGCAACCUCAUUUUGACGUAGCCCCCCUGAGGAAGCACAAGUUGGUGGCACCGACUACUGAGCUAGAGAACAGCAUUUGCUCUAAGCAUUAUGAAGUGAUGAAGCUGUUCUGUCGUACCGAUCAAAGCUGCAUCUGUUAUCUGUGCUCUAAGGACGAGCACAAAGGCCACGAGAAGGUCUCUGCUGCAGCUGAAAGGAAUGAAAAGCAGAAAGACCUUCAGGGAGCUCGAAAAAGAAUCUAUUCUAAGAUCAAGACAAAAGAGAAGGAUAUGGAGGCUUUUCAACAGGAAGAGGACUCUAUAAAUGACUCAGUUGAAAACGCAAUGGCUCACACAGAGAAGGUGUUCGCAGACCUCUGUAAAAUCAUUGAGAAAAAUCUCUCCGUCAUUAAGGAGAAAGCAACAUCUCGACAGAAGGCAGAAGUAAGUCGAUUUAAGAAGCUCAGAGAGAGUGUCCAUCAGGAAAUCUCUGAGUUGAGGGAAAAAGAUCGAAAGCUCGAAAACCUGUCACGAACAGACGACGACAUAGGUUUUCUGCUCAAUUACUCUUUACUGUCUCAACACGAAGACCAGCCUAGUGUCAGGAUCCGUCAUUCCCGACACUUUGAGAAAGUCCCUGCAAUUGUCUCAGAGGCCAAGUAUAAAAUACUAGAUGUUCUUGAUAAAGAAUGUGCAAAGAUCAUACUGAUGAUGUCUGGAACCACUGCUAAACCAGCAGCUUCUCAAGCAAAUCAAGAAACCAGAGAUGUCCCAGACUCCAGAGAAAGUGUUGUCCAAACCCCAGAUCAGAUUUUGGAGAACAACAAGGACGACCCAAUGUCAACACUGGCCGCCUUAAUUAGUUCUGAUGACCACAUGUCAACUGGCUCUGACCAGAGACAAAGAAACACAUCAAGGUCAGACAUCUUUUCAGCCUUGCCAUCUGUUCCCGCUUCAUACCCAACUGAUGUUGUGAAGACCAAACCUGGUGUCAUGGCACCCGGAGGUCGGCCAUCAAAGACCAAUCCUGAUGUAGUCAAACACAAUCUCUACGACAUACUGGGCAGAGUUAACACCACAAAGAAAAGAUCAAACCUUACAAAAGGCAGAGCUAACUUCUUACAGUUUGCGUGCCCAAUCACAAUGGAUCCAAGCACUGCAAACCCUCACCUCGUGCUGUCGAAGGAAAACAGGAAAGUGGUUUACACAUCAGAAGAGCUUACCUACUCUGUUGUUCCACAAAGGUUUGCCUAUUCCUGGCAGGUCUUGAGUCAAGAAAGUCUUACCGGUCGCUGCUACCUGGAGGUGGAGCGGAGCGGCAGGGGUGUCCUGGUGGCAGUUGCAUACAAAGAUAUCAGCAGAGCUGGGACAUUUCGCCAAUGCAUGUUCGGUGACAACGAAAAGUCUUGGGCUUUGGAUUGUUUCAAGAACAGUUACGAAUUCCGUCAUAACGGAAUUAAAACCUCAAUCCCAGGAACCUGGUCGUCCAGAGUAGGAGUGUACGUGGAUCAUGAUGCAGGAGUUCUGUCCUUCUUCAGCGUCUCGGACACCAUGACCCUCCUCCACAGAGUCCAGACCACGUUCACUCAGCCACUGUAUGCUGGGCUGUGGCUUUCCGAUGGAGCAGCUGCUGAAGUAUGCAAGCUUGUGUAACCGUUUAUUCAAGCUGUUUAUGUUCUGAUAACUCUGCAUCUAUUCCUACUCUGUUUCCAUCAAUUAUCCAUACCUGUCUAUAUAUAAUAAAUAAGAGAUAAGAGUUUAAUAAUUGCCAUGUGGAAACAUUUACUACAAUUUAAUAUCCAUGAUUAAUGAAGUGUUUUUUUUAUCCUUUUCUGUCUGUAUUUGCUUAUGUUUUUUGAGAAAGUUUUACAUGUAUAAUUAGGGCUAUAAACUAAAAGAUAAUCCAUCCCACUACCUUAACCCUUAUAUGUACAAAUCUUAAUGUUGGAUGUUUUUAAGGUUUUUGGACAAGUAUCUCACUAUCAUUCAAAAAUAUUUUGUGUCUUUUAAAGGAUGGAAAAUAAAAAGAUUGUAUUGGUAUACCUUUUUUCUUCUUAACUUUAGCUAAUUUUGUCUGUGUAGUCUCAAUGAUCAGAAGUGAAUCAGUUCAAGGGGUUUACAUUGUUGAA